CAGACAGAAGCCUCUUAUCCAGGUAAUCUCCUGAUCCAUCUGUCGGUUCAUCAGCCAUCACUGAGCACUUCCACAUCCACCGAACAGUGCAGCAUCAUGCUGCUCUCUCCUGCAGCUGAGCGCAGUCAGGACGGUUUGCUGUCGGUGCUCUGGGAGCUACUGGAGGAUCAGUCUCACCGUGAGCUGUUUGGUCUUGAGUUGGGAUCAGGCACAGGGCAGCAUGUGGUGCACUUCGCUCAAGAAAUGCCCUUUGUCACGUGGCAGCCAUCAGACAUCAAGGAGGAAGCAUGAAACAGUAUCAGAGCUUAUAUAGGGGCCACUAAAGCAAAAACAGUGCUGGAGCCGGUGUAUCUGGAUGCCAGUCAACCCUGGGAGAAAUGGGCAGGACUUCCACGAAGCUCCUGUGACAUUAUUAUGGCAAUCAACCUGCUUCAGUACAGCCCCUUCAGCACUGCAGAGGGUGUGUUUAAAGGAUCUGGGCAGAUACUGAAACAGAACGGCCUAUUAAUGACUUAUGGACCGUAUGCUAUCAAUGGAACCAUCACCCCAAUCUGCAAUGAACAGUUGGACCAGACAUUACGCCAGAUGAAUCCGGACUGGGGUCUUCCAGACAUCGAUGUGCUCAGACAGCUGGCGUUCAGUAACGGAAUGAGAAUGGAACGAAUGAUCGAGAUGCCUGAGAGUAACAAAUGCCUUGUGUUCAGAAAACUGUAGGAAAUCUGUCCAUUCUGAGAACAAGGAUCCAGUUUCCAAGAUAAAACAUCUACGACGCUUCACUUUCUUUUAGUCAGUUUCACAAAUUUUCACUAGUUUCUCAUUCUGCCUGCACUUCAAACACACAAAUGAACAGACUGCCAUUGUUUUAUUAUGCACAUACUUUCAGAGACAAGAAAAGAAACAUUUCCACUAAUGUAUGACCAAUAAAAGAACAAGAUAUUUAUUAAAUAUGAUGUUAAAAUGACUUCUUUUUAACAUGAGGUGGAUCAGUAUAGAAUAAAGAUGAUAUUGAAGGGUUACAGACGUCACCGGUUGUGUGUGUUACAAACAUGCAACGUUCACGUCAUCCAUCAAAACCAUCCACAGGCUGUCAACAGUUUUUACAACUCUCAAUUCUGCACUAAUUAAUUGGUAAUGAAACUGUGGCUUUGAAAUCGAUUGAUUAGUUCUGCGCAGUCAGGUCUGAACCCCUGGCUAUGCCACUCUGUGAAGAUCCACAUGGAGCAAAGACAAACGGAUGUGAUGUCUGGCAAACUUACAUGCAGUAUCUGGAAACACCAGCCUAUUUAUUUUGAUUAGAUUGGUGAUAUGCAAAUGGCAGUAAAGUUGACAUCUCAUUGGCUGUUAUUUUAUAUGACAGAAGCCAAACACCAUCUACCGCAUAAAUCAUUAGCGAGGAUUCCACAACACUGAUCCUAAACGCAGAGCUUCUGAAGUAUUUCUAGAAUCGCAUACAUGGAAACCAGCACUGGAAUGUCACAUUAGAGCACUUCAGAGCAAAUCAGAGCUGAAAAACUGCUAUGAUGCCUCCGCGACCUCUGCUAAAGCCAGCAAGUCUCUUAACUGAAGAAAAAUAAAUGGCUGUUACAUAUUUACUCAUGCAAACACAUCUUAGAAAAAUAUGAGACAAAAGGAUAGCUAUGUCUUGUCUUUUCUAACCAUAUUGUGCUUGUUUCUCUAUGGUACGAAUGACUAACCUUGCAUCAGCUUAGUUUUAUAAG